AUGAUCUACCUCCAACCCCUCAUCCUCUCAACGCUGGCCGCUACAGCUACCGCAAUGGCCGCUGAUAUAAACAUCCGCUACAUGCCCUUUGGCGACAGCAUCACUGACGAUGUCUGCUGGCGCUUCAAACUCUGGGAAAGACUUCAAGGCACUGAAUUCGCGUCCGUCAGCUUUGUGGGCUCCUCGACCCAUGAUAGAAACUGCACGGAUACAAAGUACGAUCGGAACCAUGAGGGUCACUCGGGCUUUCUUGCCGUGGAGAUUGCGAAGCAGAACCAGUUGGAGGGAUGGUUGAAGGCGAAUCCGGCAGAUGUGAUUACCAUGCAUUUGGGCACGAAUGAUAUCGUGCACAUGACUUUGACAUCAGACAUCAUCGCGGCGUAUACAAAGUUGGUUGCCACGAUGCGAUCGUGCAAUCCGAGGAUGAAGAUUGUCGUCGCACAGAUCCUGCCCGUCGACCUCGGCGGGGCCUACAACGCACAUAUCCAAGAAUUAAACGCUGCUAUUCCGUCAUGGGCAAAAAGUUUGAAUCAGACCAAGAGCCCAAUAUGGGUCGUGGAUCAGUAUACUGGAAUUGUGUCGAGCGACCUCAGAGAUGGAGUUCAUCCGAGCGAUAGCGGGGACGAGAAGAUGAUGAAUGUGUGGUAUCCAGCUCUUAUGCAGGCAUUUAUGGCGGUGAAGGCGGAGAAGAGCGCGAGAAGAGAGAUAGGGUUUGAGGCGUAG